AUGCUUCCUUGCGCCGCCCUUUUCCCGCUCGCCGCUGCGCCUGCCGCCGCCUUCCCCGCAAGCAUCCGGGCCGGCACUCUCCGCGCCGACAGCCACCACGGGGGCAGCGCAAACGCCGUAGGUUGCGGAGGAUCGUCGGCUUUCCUUCCGCACCACCCGCCGCUUGCGCGUGGGUUGCGCGGAUGCGACCGCCGGCGGAAGCAGAGCCUGGGGAGGCGCUCGGAACGGGUGCUGGUGCGCGCGCAGGGUUCGUCGGGGAACGAGGGGGAGAUCAGCGACGAGGAGUCUUUUGCUGACGUGGAAAAGCAACUGAUGGACUAUUUCACGUUCAAGGCGGUGAAGACGGUGCUGCAGCAGCUGCUGGAGAUGAAUCCGAGCCAGUACAGCUUCCUAUACGACUUCACAGUGAACAACCGGAUUGUGGACGGGUCAACCUACAUUCGAACUCUCGUGCAGGAGCGGCAGGAGCUAGGGGAGAGGAUCAUGAUCACACGGCUGGAUCUCUUCACUCGGUGGAAGAAGCGCUACUCCCACUCGAGCAUGCAUGAUGCAAUCAAGGAGCAGAACCUGGCAUUGCUGAGAGAGCACCUGCUGCAGACAGUCAGGUUUCAGCCAGAGGAAGUUGAUGGCUCCUCCUCUGGCCCUGCUCCCCCCACGGCUGCGUGA